AUGACAAAGGGUUACGCUGAUGGAAGUCAUCACUGUAUGACAUGCAAACAGACCGCUACUCUUUCAUGCUUCAAAAAAGAGCACAUCGGUACAUGCUCAUGCCCUAAGAUUGUCGAUUACAAGCAAGGUUGCAUAAAAUGCGGAGAUCGGAGGGACGAGCUCUCCAACAAGCCUCCCAAGCCUGCAGAUCCUUAUGAAAAGAGGGGAAGCAAUAAGACCAAGCAGAGGAAUCAAACCAACAAUGCCAACCAAGGAACACAGUCCAACAACCAUGGCAACGGUAAUGGUAGCGGUAAUGGCAACAGUCAUGGCAACAGUAAAGGCGGCAACCGUAGAAGAUAG